CAAACCUGGAGAAGCCCAAUCAGCUGAGGGAAGGACCCAAAGAAGUUAGAAGCUUCGGAUCUUAGAAAGGUUCCAGCCUUGUCAUCCUAACCCUUGGGAGACUGAAACAAGGGGAUCACCGCGAGUUGAAGGCCAGUCUGGGGUAAAGCACAGAAAGACAACCCUGGACAGACCGCGGGGACCAGGAUGGGCAGCCGAAUGGGGAAACUUUUGGGUUUCGAAUGGACAGAUGUAUCCAGCUGGCAGAGGCUGGUGACCCUCCUUAAUCGACCGACCGAUCCUUCAAACCUGGCUGUCUUCCGUUUUCUCUUUGCAUUCUUGAUGGUGUUGGACAUCCCCCAAGAACGGGGCCUCAGCUCCCUGGACCGAAAAUACCUGGAUGGGCUGGAUGUGUGCCGCUUCCCCUUGCUGGAUGCCCUGCGCCCACUGCCGCUAGACUGGAUGUAUCUUGUUUACACCAUCAUGUUCCUGGGGGCACUCGGCAUGAUGCUGGGCCUGUGCUACCGGAUAAGCUGUGUGCUCUUCCUGCUGCCCUACUGGUAUGUGUUUCUCCUGGACAAGACAGCGUGGAACAACCAUUCCUAUCUGUAUGGUUUGCUGGCCUUUCAGCUGACGUUCAUGGAUGCAAACCACUACUGGUCUGUGGACGGUCUUCUGAAUACCCGAAAGAGGAAUGCCCAUGUGCCUCUUUGGAACUAUACAGUGCUGCGUGGCCAGAUCUUCAUUGUGUAUUUCAUUGCUGGGGUGAAAAAGCUGGAUGCAGACUGGGUUGAAGGUUACUCCAUGGAGCACUUGUCCCGACACUGGCUCUUCAGUCCCUUCAAAUUGGUGCUGUCCGAGGAACUGACUAGCCUGCUUGUGGUCCAUUGGUGUGGGCUGCUGCUUGACCUCUCAGCUGGUUUCCUGCUCUUCUUCGAUGCCUCAAGAACUGCUGGCCUCAUCUUUGUGUCCUACUUCCACUGCAUGAAUUCCCAGCUCUUCAGCAUUGGUAUGUUUCCCUACGUCAUGCUUGCCAGCAGUCCUCUCUUCUGCUCUCCUGAAUGGCCUCGUAAGCUGGUAUCCCACUGCCCUCAAAAAUUACAAGAGUUGCUGCCCCUCCAGACUGCACCUCAACCCAGUGAUUCUUGUGUGUAUAAGAGGAACCGGGCCAAAGGUGGCCAGAAGCCAGGGCUACGUCACCAGCUUGGAACUGCUUUCACCCUGUUCUACCUCCUUGAGCAGCUCUUCCUGCCCUAUUCCCAUUUCCUCACCCAGGGCUAUAACAACUGGACAAAUGGGCUGUAUGGCUAUUCCUGGGACAUGAUGGUGCACUCUCGCUCCCACCAACAUGUGAAGAUCACCUACCGGGACGGCCUUACUGGAGAGCUGGGCUACCUGAACCCUGGGGUAUUCACACAGAGCCGUCGAUGGAAGGAUCAUGCAGACAUGCUGAAGCAAUAUGCCACUUGCCUGAGCCUCCUGCUUCCCAAGUACAAUGUCACUGAGCCCCAGAUCUACUUUGAUAUUUGGGUCUCCAUCAAUGACCGCUUCCAGCAGAGGCUUUUUGACCCUCGUGUGGACAUCGUACAGGCUGUCUGGUCUCCUUUCCAGCGCACACCUUGGGUACAGCCACUCUUGAUGGACCUAUCUCCCUGGAGGACCAAGUUACAGGAAAUUAAGAGCAGUCUGGACAACCACACCGAGGUUGUCUUCAUUGCAGAUUUUCCUGGGCUGCACCUGGAGAACUUUGUGAGUGAAGACCUGGGCAACACUAGCAUCCACGUGCUGCAGGGAGAGGUGGCUGUGGAGUUGGUGGCAGUGCAGAAGAACCAGACUCUGCAGGAGGGAGAAAAAAUGCAGUUGCCUGCUGGUGAGUACCAUAAGGUAUAUACAGUAUCACCCCAUCCUUCCUGCUACAUGUACAUCUAUGUCAACACUACAGAGCUUGCACUGGAGCAAGACCUGGCAUAUCUACAAGAGUUAAAGGAGAAGGUGGAGAAUGGAAGUGAAACAGGACCUCUGCCUCCAGAGCUGCAACCUCUUUUGGAAGGGCCAAUAAAAGGGGGCCCUGAACCAACACCUCUGGUCCAGACCUUUCUAAGACGGCAGCAAAAGCUCCAGGAGAUUGAACGGCGGCGAAAUACCCCCUUCCAUGAGCGACUCUUACGUUUCUUGCUGCGAAAGCUGUAUGUCUUCCGCCGCAGCUUCCUGAUGACUCGUAUUUCACUUCGAAAUCUGCUCUUAGGUCGCCCUUCCUUAGAGCAGCUAGCCCAAGAGGUGACUUAUGCAAACUUGCGGCCAUUUGAACCACUUGGCGAGUCAAGCACUUCAAACAUGGAUCCUUCAAAUCCUAAUUCUCCUGAGCCAAGUUCUGAACAUAUCCAUUCAGAGUUCUGAGGGUCUCGAUGCUCCAUGCAAAUACCAGCUAUAAGCUUACUAUCUAUAAAGUGGACAUUUUUUUUUUUUUGAGAGAUUAGCUGAUUUGUUUUGAGACAGAUUCUUACUGUAGUCCAGGCUAGUCUCAAAUUCAUAGCAGCCCCCUACAGUGAUUAUGAUUAUGUGUGUACCACUACAUCCUACCCCGUUUUACAUUUUUCCCCUUAAAGUUUUUUUUAAAACAGAUAAGAUUUCAACCCCAAGAUUGAAGGGCCUUAGAUUAGAAACAGUGGGAAAUACCCUCUAGAAUAAAGGAGUAAAUCAUAUUUUAGCCAGGCAUGGUGACAUAUGCCUUUAAUUCCAGCACUGAGUAGGCAGAGGUAGGAGGAUUGCUGAGAGUUUAGGAGGCCAGCCUGGGACUACAUAGUGAAUUCCAGGUCAGCCUCUGAGCAAGAGUGAAACCCUACCUUGAAAAACCAAAAAAAGAAAAAGUCAUAUUUAAAUUGACCAGUUCCUUAGAAAUUUAUCACGAAUAGCUGAUCCCAUGAGCUUGCUAUGCACUAGGUACUGUGUACCUGAAUUACGUAUUAAAAAAAUUUUAUGAGAGAAUUGGCACAUCAAACUUGAGAUGUGUUUGCCACCUUGUGCACAUGCAUGACCUUGUGUCUGGUUUAUAUGGGUUCUGCGAAGUUGAACCUGGGCCUUUAGGCUUCGCAGGCAAGUGCCUUAACCACUGUGCCAUCUCUUCAGCCCUGAAUUACCACAAUGAACUUAAUAAGCAUUAGUCCCAUGUUACUUUUGAAGACUGAGAUUUGCCCAAAGGCAUCUAGCUACUAAGGAGUCAAUUGACAGUUUGAAUUCAAACCUGUCAAAUAUAAGGUCCUGCACUUGGCUGCUUAUAUUUUCAGAAUCAUUUGACAGCCUAAAACACUAUAAUUUAAAACUCGUGUCAGCAAAAAGUAUGAGUAGCCGAGCAUGGUGGCACACACCUCUUUAAUCCCAGCACUCAGGAGGCAGAGGUAGGAUCCUCCAGGAGUUGGAGGCCUACAUAGUGGGACUACAUAGUGAAUUCCUGGUCAGCCUGGUCUAGAGGGAAAAAGUCAACUUAGUUCUCUACUUUGACUAAGCUAUGUUGGAGUAAUAAGCUUUGAUGCCUUCCUUUUCCUCAAUCUAUUUUAGGGGAAUACUUUACAAAAAAAGUUAAUUUCAUACAUACAUAUAUAUACAUAUAUAUAUAUGUAUGUAUAUAUAUAUCUACUCCCAUUAUCCUCAUUCCUUCCUCUCCCAAUAAAACCCUUCUUCCCCACUAA